GGAGAAGAAGAAGCAUUGAUGGUUCCAAGCAAAGCUAACACAGCUAACCAAUGGACAUCAGUCUGACGCCAGCAUGGCGGCAUCCAGCUGAGCACAGCCUUCAUCGUGCACAAGACAAACCUUUGAAGACACAUGGAGACCAGCAACCAGCAAGGACUACAAGUUUCUCUGAGGACAGCACACCUGGCUCAGGUUGUGGGGUCGCUAUGGAGCGCAGCGAGGGCAGUGAUGAUGACCUGGGACGGCUGGACAUUGAUCUGGAUAGAAAGUCCAAACAGCACAACCUGACAUCCAGCAACGUGCGCGCCAUCUUACAUGAGGUCAUAACGCACGAACAUGUGGUAGCCAUGAUGAAAGCAGCCAUCCAAGACACUAAGGACCUGCCCCUGUUUGAGCCAAAGAUGACCCGGUCCAGAGUGAAACAGGCUGUUCAGCUGGGACAGCCCCUGAAGUGGAGUUUGUCACCAGUGGACACAAUGAAGCUGCCUCAGUUUGUUGACAUCCAUCUUGAAGAGGAUGAAGACUCGUCUGAUGAAGAGUAUUGUCCUGAUUAUGAUGAUGAGGACACGGCUGAGGAGAUGUUCCUCAGUGACAAUGACAGUGACUCACCUCCCAGGGAUCACAUGGGAUCGCCACCUGAACCUCCAGACAAGUUGACCCAAGGAUCUUUAAAGAGUGUUUUAGAUCACCAAAAGGAACAGAUGGUCUCCACAUGCUCAUCUCCAUCUCAGUGUUCCUUCUUAGAAAGACUGAAUGCCGUGGAGGAGGAGCUUAAUAAUAGCUCCACCUACUUAUAUGACCAGACUCUGGACAAAAAAGCUGAUGAUGAUGAUGGUGGUGGCAGGGAUGCAGGAUCCAGCUGUUUGGCAUUUCGGACACGCUCCAAACAUCCUUUAAUUAACGUUCCUUUAGGUCAGCUAGAGGCAGAGCUUCUGGCCCCUGACAUCACAUCUGACAUGUACGAACAAAUCUCCACUCAGCAGGAAGAGGACCGUCAAUGGACAACGUGGCUCCAGGGCCUCAUGGUGCCAGCCCCUGAAGAUGAAGGUGAUGAUGAUGAUGACCCUGAGUACAAUUUCCUGGAUGAUCUGGAUGAACCAGACCUGGAAGACUAUAGGACGGACCGGGCCGUCCAGAUCACCAAAAAAGAAGUCAAUGAGCUUCUUGAGGAACUUUUUGAAACUCUCCAGGAGGAUGAUGCGCCAGUUGAGGAUGAGGAUGUGGUUGCUUCAUCAGCGACUGCUCCCAAGUUUAAUGUUCCCCAGGCUUUACGUUUUGAGGCUCCACUAGCUGGAAUGCUAACAGAGCGACGGCAGACAGUCAGAAAACAAUACGAAGCUCUGCAGCAGAGGAGAGCCCUGCAGGACACAACCAACACAUCCAGCCCAUCACCCAACACCGUUGCCUCUGUGUUGGUGCAAUUGGAUCAGAACUACCCUGCUCUCCAUCUGAACCACACCCAGAAACUGCAGCUGCAACAACAAGUGCAGCAGCACGUGCAGCUGCUGAGUCAGGUUCAUCUGCUGAGCCACCACAUCCAUGCCCUGAACUACGAGGCUAACCUGACCAAACACUGCCUGGAGGAGCUACAGCAGUUUGCCUGUUCCAAAGAGAAGGUUCACUUCCACAGCAGCUUCAACGUGUGCAACCUGCAGGGGGCGCUAGAUCUCCUGCAGGAAUUGGAACAGAGAGGGAAGCCUCAACAUUCCGUUUGUGUUCCUGCAGCUUCCAGACGCUUGCUACCCAUGAUGACUCCUUCUACCAGCAGCCACGCUUUCCCAUUACUGCCUGCUGACACUGCCUGGCUGUUUGCCACACGAUCCGUCUUCCUGUAUCCAGAACUACUUCCUGUUUGCAGCUUGGACCCGGCCCUCUACAGCAAACGCCACAGGAGUGUUUAUACAGCAGGAGAGGACGGGUUGAUUGUUCUGGGCCUGAAACAUUUUGAUGGGGCGGUUCAAUUGGAUCAGCUUAUCAGCUCCUACCUCCUCUGUAAAAGUCGAUGGAGCAUCAGGAAACAUAUCCGAGAGAUGAGUGGUCUAAGAGCACCACAUGACAACGUCAUUAAGAUGUUCAUGACAUAUGGAGUCAUCCCUUCAAUGCCCACAGCUGCCAGCAGGGUCCAGCCAGAUGACCAGCGCCCCCCGGUGGACAGAAAUAACUCCAACCCUCCCAACUGGCUUAAGAACAGUCAGCAGAUCAUUCAGAAAACUCGACUCGAUGCUACUCGUUACCCCCCCUUCCUCCCCCCUGGCUGCACCCUCAGGCUCCAUCCCUAUUUUAUUAGUAAGUCCCGCCCACCUCUUUCUGCUCACAGGCGCCUUUUCACCUUGGCCCACAAUGCGUCUCUGCUUCCUCUGGCCAAAGCCCCAUUGAAUGGACGGGUGGACACGCAGCCAUCUAGCGUGUUGGUACCUGACCCCCCUGCUGUGUCAGGAUCCCCGCCUGCUCAGUCUCCAGUCAGAGGGGCCGCCCCUUUGGUUGCUCCUCACUUAGGCCCCACCCAUCCCAAGUGUGCUGAUGCCAUCCAGUCUGACCUCCCUAUAGGCCAACAAAACUCUGCACCUCUGCUCUUGCCCCUCACAUCCCUGUCCAGCCCUAGCACUACAACUCCCACAAUGCCUUGUUCACCUGCUUUACAGGAGCCAGAUUAUGUCCUUUUGCAGAUGGUGUGGUUGCCUUCAGCUCCUUGUUUCACCACGACCUCCCAGCAUGCACUGGGACCAGAGCUCUACAAACCAAUCAGUGCAGAGCAGCAGGAGCAAAAUGUCAGAGAGCCAUACUCUUUGUUUGAGAAGGAGGUGAAAUCGAAGCUGAGAGACGAGGAGGAGGAGGAAGAGAGCUCUGCAUCCACUCUUAGUCUACUGUCUUCCUGCACAGGAGACAAAGAGGAGGAGAGGGAGGAGCAGAACUGGGCUCUGAUGGCUGUUGGCCAAAAUGGAGAGAGAGAGGAUGGAAACCCUGAAGGACACGAGGAGCAGGAGAAGACUGAGGACAAGGAAGACCACCAAGUGGACAAAACAUGCGGGGGGAGAGAGGGACAGGGAGAGCAGGGCAGUGAGGAGGAGGACAGGAGGGAGGCAGGGGGAGGAGAGAGAAAGGGUAAUGGAGACAAGGACCACCAGGGUGAGGAUGAGGAGGAAGAGGAUGAAGAAGAAGAAGAGGAAGAGGAUUUUGAUGACCUAACACAGGAUGAAGAUGAGGAGGAAGUAAUGUCAUCAGCAUCAGAGGAGUCAGUUUUGUCCAUUCCAGAGUUGCAGGAGACAAUGAAGCAGCUAACAUGGUUGGCCACAGAGCGUCGUCUCUGUGUGGACGGAGACUCUGAGGACGACCAGUCUCCCACCUCACAGGAAGAUGAGGAGGAGGAGGAGGAGGAGGAAGAUGGGUUGAAGGCUGAAGAUGUUGGAGAGGUGCAAUGCUUCAAGACAGGCUUGGGUGAGGGUGAGGAGACACCACACGGAGAGGGGACUCCCAGAGGAGGACGAAAGUGUCCAGGACGAGGACGAGGACAGCCAUGUCGCAGCCGUCCCCUUCGUGGUCUAACAAGAACCCGUCAGGAGCGUUACAGUAAAGAUGCAAACAAACUGCCCCUGCUCUACGACGAGAACAUUCUGGAGAAUGAUCCUCUCAGAGAAACUAAAGACACCGCAUUUGCUCAGAGUUACCUGAACAGGGUGCGUGUGGCACUUCAGGAUGCACCUGAGCAGGUUGAGGAGUUUGUGUCUCUGCUGAACAAGUUUGAACAGGUGGACGAUGGACAUGAAGUCACUCUGCUGUUCAGGAAGCUCCACUGCAUCCUGGGAAACCACACAGAACUCCUCAGAGACUUUGCUGCUUUCCUUCAUCCAGAGCAGGCACUGCAAUGUGGACUGUUCGCAGAGCAGCAGGCAUUUGAACGCAGUCGGCGUUUCCUUCGACAGCUGGAGAUCAGUUUUGGAGAUAAUCCAUCACAUUAUCAGAGGAUCAUCAAAGCCUUGCAGACUGGACCAGACCUGAGCCCAACCAGCAUCCAGGAGUUGAAAACUCAGAUGGCAACACUUCUGAAAGGCCACACCCACCUACAAGCUGAAUUCUGGGUAUUUUUUGAUGAUCUCCGCCCACCUCCUGCUCACCCGGGGCAGUUUGAAGAAACCCACUGGCUCGAGGAAGGAGAAGGUGGAGAGGGAAGUGGCCAGGUGUCAGGGGGCGGAGUCACUGGGAGCUUUGAGGAAGUGAUGCUGCCAGAGCUGGAAGAAGAAGAGGAGGGGCAUAAGAUCCAGCCAAUGACGAGCCAGCGCCAAAGGAGGAAGAUGAACUCCCACAGAAACUACAAGGGUUCAACAGGUGUGUCCACGGCCAUGAAAAGCCUCAGCCCUUUAUACGCUCAAAUAAGCUCCACCCACAGUCAGCCUGGUGACAACAAUCUGGAUGUGAAGCGCUGCAACAAAACUCUGCAGCCAGUCCACAGUCAGACAGACUGUGUACAAAUGGAAGAAAUUCAAGACCAUUUUUACCCUGCCCAGGAGUGGUGGACCAACAAAGGUCACUCCAAGAGCAAGGUGUGGAAUCAUCGGCGAGGUCACAAAGGACCCCAGGGUAACGUCUAA